AUGAGUCCUAAAAAUCUCUUGAUUGGCAAAGCUGGAGAGAAAGGUGGUGGGAAAGAGACUGGUGGAGCUCACCUCAAGAGGGUGGAAUCGCUGGAGGCUAAACUAGGCAUCUUAUAUGAUCGAUUGGAGACUCAAGGCCAUAAAAUCCAACAUCAAGCGGACUCCCUAGCUUCUAUUCAGUUGAAGAUGGACCAACAUCAAUCUAAGAUGGAUCAAAAGCUCGAAGAAGUAUUGGGGGCCAUAGUCAAGAACCAAACAACAACUCCUAAUGAGAAAGAACCGAUGGGGGAGGAGAACAACAACACUCCGGUCAAUUCAACAGACGGAACACCAGGAGUUUACAGUGGGGGGUUUCGUAGUGAUGCCGGAGGAAUGAGAUACGAAAAUCGGGGUGGAGACGGUCACAACUUGAGAUAUUAG